AUGGCAACCCCUCCAACACUGAUCCAUAUUCAAGGCCACGCCACUAUCACGACAACCGCCCAGCGAGCGGUGCUCAACCUAGCCGCUGCCGACUCCGGUUCAGAAAAGGAUGAAGUCUCAAAAAACGUGGUGUCGGCUGUGAACGACAUCCAAACUGAUCUCGACCUGCUGUGCCCGCGACUCGAGACGGGAGAGAUAAGGCCAGAUGCCCCUGUGAGCUUCUACUCGAUCGCCUCGCUCGCCAUCUCUGCCGCGGACGAAUUCAACAACAACGGUGCCCGCCUCAAGAGGAAACUCUACAGCGCCCACUCCGAAAUCGCCAUCCACUUCCGCGACCUUCCCAGCCUGGGACAGAUGGUCGCCCGCCUCGCCGCCAUGCCGCACGUCGAGCUCCGAGGCAUCGACUGGCAACUGCUGGACGAGAGGAAAGCCGAACUCGACGAGCAAGCUCGCCUGAUGGCCCUGCAGCAUGCCAUAACCCGGGCGCAGGCGUACGGACGCACCAUCGGCAGAGAAAAAGUGGUUUGCGUCAAGAUCCAGGACGUGGAGCAGUCGUGGCCCAUGAAGCGGGUGAUGCAGACUGCGAGGAGGGCCACGAGCUCGGCGACUUUUGAGGUCGGCGUGGGCAUCGAUUUUGAGCCCCAGCUCGUCGAGGUCACUGCGACGCUGUCGACCGAGUUUAAUGCUGAAUAG